CCUCGGCUGUCAAUCACUGAAUCCUGCCCGGUGAUUACUCUCUACAACCCAGUGAUUGCCGAGUAUUACCGACGGGGGAGAGAACUGUAUGGAAACAAUACAGAUCUCUCUCCUGGCAGCUCCUGCACACUGCUUUGUAUGGCUCUGCAUAGCAGAGCCAUACAAAGCAUGCACAACCUCAUAGUAAAACAGCACACAGUUAACCCUUUGAUCGCCUCACAUGUUAACCCCUUCCUGCCCAGUGCCAUUAGUACAGUGUCUUUUUAUUAGCACUGAUCACUGUAUUGGUGUCACUGGGGAUGUCAGUGACACCAAGUCAGUUCCCCCCCAGUGUCAGAAUGCCCACCGCAGUCCCGCAGUCCUGCUAUAAGUAGCUGA